GUGGAGUCAACGCAACCGCGCUUGCGCUCUCCUCUUGUCUAUCUGCCCGACCACUUCCGCCAAUUGGCGCAUUUAUUGGCCAGCGCGCGGGUGGGGCUAUAUCUGUAGCCCAAUCAGGCGCUGCCGCCUCCACUUGCUCUGAUGCUCUUCUCUUGUGAGCUCCCCCCUCCCUCAGUGCUUCCUCUGAGUGCUCUUCCCUCCCAAGACCUUCCCAUUCGCCCCUUCCCUAUUCGCUCCGGUACUGCCCCUCCCACUUGAGCUCGGUUGGAGGCCCAUCAGCCUGCAAUCAGCCCACACUAGCACAAUAGAGGGCCCAGUCACUGAGGAAAUAGACAAGACUACAAGCAGUUACUAAACGCCUACUUAAGUGCUGGACUCGCGCCAUUUUGGAACCAGCCCCCACACGGUCUCUGAAGGUCCCAAGGCAAAUAAGAAAGACCUCGUCACCUGGGGAGGGGAAGCGUGUAACAAUGAGGAGGAUGAGAACAGAGAGCAUCCCAGGAAGCAUCACAUCCAUUAUCUGCUGUGGUGCUGGGGAGUAUGCACUGCUGCUCUCUCCCUCAUUGCCUGUCAGGCUGCCCCGCCUAUCCGAAUUUGGUCACAUACUCCCUAAGUCCAUCGUUCAAUGCCCAUGCCGCCCAGCUGCCUCCAGGUGGUCAAUGAUGAGUGCAGGUGUAGCCCAUAUAAACCCAGUAAUAGGAGCAUCGAGGUCCGGGAAGCAUCCAAAGCCAAAGCUUGGGGAAGGGAGAUGGCUGCAAGGGUCUCAUGGAAAGCAGCUCCGAUUGAGGGGGCUGACUCAGGCUGAAGAUUCUGUUUCAGAAGCAUUGAGCAAAGCUAUGGCCUUUCUCCUGCCACUAAGGGCUCACCAGGAAUCUGUGACAUUCAAGGAUGCGGCCGCGGACUUCACCCAGGAGGAGUGGGGGCACCUGUGCCCCUCUCAGAAGAGUCUCAACAAGGAAGUGAUGCUGGAGAAUUAUAGGAACUUGGUCUACCUGGGACUGACCGCCUCCAAACCAGAUGUGAUUUACCAGUUGGAGCAAGUGGAGAGUUCUUGGGUGCCUGAAGGAGAGGCCCCAGCAGCCAGCUGUCCAGAAAUAACCAGUAAGGCUUGCAUAUGCCACGUGUUCAACAAUCACCAAACCCCAGGAGGCAUGAUGGGUUCUUUUCCACCUUGUGCUAUUUCAAAUAAAACUGCUAUGAAUAUUUUUGUAGUAAAAAUUCUGUUUCUUUCUGUAAUAUCCUAUGUCAGAAGGAUCAUAAAAGGGUUUAAUGAUUUGCAUUCAUUGCUACCAGCUGAAUGGCACCAUGUUACUUUGCAAAAAAGUGACAUUCAUUUAGUCAGUCAAUCAGCAAAUAUUUUUAAAUUUUUCUUUAUUUUAUUCCAUUACUAAAUCUACACAUGAGUUUUCCAUGGUUCCAUGAUUCAUGUUGUCUCCCUUCCCUCUUCCCUCCCCUCUUCCAGAGCCAAAAAGCAAUUCCACUGGGUUAUACAUAUAUUAUCACUCAAAACCUAUUUCUGUAUUAUUCAUUUUUAUAAUAGAGUAGUUUUAAAAAACCAAAGCCCCAAAUCACAUGCCCAUAUAAACAAGUGAUAAAUUAUAUGUUUUCUUCUGUGUUUCCGCUCCCACAGUUCUUUCUCAGGAUAUGGAUAGCAUCUUUCUCACAAGUCCCUCAGAAUUGUCCUGGAUCAUUGCACUGCUAUUAGUAGCAUCCCACAAUGUUUCAGUUACUAUGUAUAAUGUGUUUUCCCAGUUCUACUCAUUUCACUCCAUAUCAUUUCAUAGAGGUCUUUCCAGUUCUUAUAGAGAUCCAUUCCUUUCAGCUGUGAGGGGGGUAAAGAGGUUAUUUUUUGAAGGGUUGAACUGGAUUAUUUAAGAGUACGGUUGCCAGGAAUUUAAUUAAUUCCAAAGAGAUUUAUUUACAAUUUAUUUACAAAUUGUAGAAACAGAAUAAGGUAAGCUAUCUAGACUAAAUACUAAGUAAUUUAUCUCCAGCCCCCUGCCUCAACCCAGACAGGGAGUUUAGUCCUCAAUCAGAUAGGCCUCGGCCCUUGUAGCCCAGGACCUAGAGAAGUCUUUUCAGAAAAAUCCAUCAGUUAAGAGUCAGCUUUUCACUCACCAUGUGUUAGUCUAAGGAACAAGGUCUCAGGUCCACUCAGCAGAUCCUUCUGCCCUUCUUCACCAGCCUCACCUCGAAAGCAUGAAGAAUUGAAUCUCUUCAGGAAGUUGUCACUCCCUUUUAAAGACAUUUUCUUUUGUGUCACUUCCCGUGUCUUUCCCUAAUUUUUACAUCUACCAAUCACAGUUGAUGCUCUGCUCUAGGACUGCCUAGGCAGUCAGUUGUUUCUUUUUUUUUUAAACCCUUACCUUCCAUCUUGGAGUCAAUACUGUGUAUUGGCUCCAAGGCAGAAGAGUGGUAAGGGCUGGGCAAUGGGGGUCAAGUGACUUGCCCAGGGUCACAUAGCUGGGAAGUGUCUGAGGCCAGAUAUGAACCUAGGACCUCCCAUCUCUAGGCCUGGCUCUCAAUCCACUGAGCUACCCAGCUGCCCACCAGUCAGUUGAUUCUGAUUCAUCACUCACUAUUGCACAUGUGGGUCACAGACCUCCCACUCAAUGAUUGAGAUGUUUACACAUUUGGUGAUUAGGUCUAAAAAUGGGCAGAUCUCCAUACUCAACUUUUAAGUUGGGUGUUUACACUUUUGGUGAUUAAAAUCUAACUAUAAGUAGGAGUUACAAUCUAAUCUUCACAAUCAGGGGACAGUGAAAUAAUUUCAUUGUUAUAAUCAGGGGAGAGUUAAAUUUAAUCUUCACACAGCACCAUCACCAAUAGAUACAAUUUGUUCAGCCAUUCCCCAAUCAAGGGACACCCCCUCAUUUUCCAUUUUUUUGCCACCACAGUUUCUUACAGAUUUUGAAAUCCAGAUUUUUAGCAGAAACAAUUACUACAAAAAUUUUUUGUCUCUGAAUAUAUUCCCUUCCCUUUUCUGGGUUCUUGCUUUUUUUGCUGAGGGAGAAAAGUCCCUCUAGAAUUCUAUAAAAAUCAAUGAAUGUAUAAGAAUUUCCUUCUUAAUAAUUGCAUCAUAUAUAUAAUUUUUUGUUUUAAAAAAUUUUAGCAUGUACUUUUUAUUCUCUUGGUACUUUCACGAGUCAAAAGGGAGUUUGUUGAGAAUGAAUCGAAUGUAGAGGGGAGUCAGACCCAAGAUGGUUGACUCCUACUCUCAUUUUACUUCUCCUGAGUGAGGCCACUGAGAGAUGCUGCAUAUGGACCCCCUGAUGUGAAAAGGUAAUGAGGAGUUGAAGGGAUCUCUCUCCUAUCAGACAGACCUGGAGAUAAUCCCAGAUUCCCUGGCAAAGAGAGGAACCAGAGAUAAACUUCCCCGGUGACCUCACCGGGAGAGUUAUGAUGGCUCCUUAUUAAAACUGGUUUCAGAUACUUCCUCUAGGCUCCCAGGCAAAAUCACUCAAUAGAUGAUCUGACUGCAAGUUAAAGGUUUUAUGAUAGAUAAAGGGCAGGUAGGGGAGGUGGAAAGAGUGACUCGGUGUCCUUGUUUCUUAAACACGGUCUUUCCCCCAGGGCACUGUAUAGUGGGCCUGAGUUUCUCCAUCCCGAACCCAAACUAAAGUUUCCCAAACUAUCUAUUAUAUAUUUAACCUAGGUAAUGGCAAAACAGGUGCAAGAGGGCUGAAGUGGGAUGGGGGGGAGGGGCUCUUCUCAAGAGUGAGCCCAUGGCUCCCUUGCUUUGAGGGGCCUGAUCUUCUUUUGUGAUGUUCCUUGAGGUAUCUGACUGGUGGUAUUGCUAUACAGAAGUUUUGAAUGUUGAUCCGAUAGGUCUCCAUUUGGUUCUUGGUGAGGUCCUCAGCAAGGAAAUUACGUCCAGCUAGGUUGAGGUCCCAGCUCAAAAGCCAAGAAUUCCAUCUGGAUCUUUCCCAGAUCUCUUCUUUUCUCCCAGGAUGCUUUGCUCUCUAACUGACGUAGCUGUCAUUCAGACUCCUCUUGCAAAAUUCUAUCUCUUCCCUCCUGCACCCUUCCUUAUAGUUUGCUCAUUGACCCAUUGGCAACUUCCCAUUAUAUACAAUGUGAGAUUAUAUACAAUGAGAGAGUAACUUGACUACACAGUUUUUAAAAUUAACUUUAUCAACUAGUGAUUUUCUUGCCAAUUCUGUCAUAAUCUUGGAUUUGUAAAACCAUUUGCCUUAUAUUCUCAUUGAGAUGAUCUUGUCUAACCAUUGAUGUCUUUUUCUAACUCUUAACAAAUACCAGAUAGUUUGGUAAAAAUUGCUUCCUAUAGAGUUAUUUGAGAUGUAGACAGGUAAGUCCCUUUCUCCUUUUCCCAUCUUCCUGCUUCCUCUUAAUAUUCCUGACCACUCGUUCUUUCACAUACAUUUUUGUUAUUUCUGUUUUAAAAACCCUUUUGUCAUGUCAUUUUUUCAGAAACUUUUAUUUGGUUGGCAAUAAUCAUAUCUAAAAAUGAAUUUUAUAAUAUAGCAGAACUGUCCUUGACAAUGAGACAGCAUGAUAAAAGUUGACUGCCAUCUUGGGCACCAUCAUGGAGUAAAAGCCCUUGGUUCAAGUCCUGGUCAUCUGUCCAGAUGUGUUCUUAAGAGAAGUAUUCAAGUACUCUGACAUUUAGUUUUCUUAUGGAAAAUGGAAUGAUGACCAACCUUUCUGUUUUCACUAGGUUAUUUUGAGGAGCAGUGUCAUCACAGCAUAUCAUCUGUUCCAUGUUUUAAAGUUUGACAGUGAUUUUUCUGGAUGGAUAAAGCAGAAGUAGGGUUAAGUCAGGGAUUAGUUACUUUUUAAAUUUCUUUCAGAUUUUGAAACUACACAGUAAUUUCCAGAACUGGACUUUUUUAUGGAAGUAUCAUCUCAUGAGGGAUUUCUAACACAUGAUCCUUGUGUCUCUCCUUUGAGAGAGGGCUUAGAAUGUGAUUCCUGGCAAGAGAAGCCUUGGAGCAAUGAAGGAAAGAACAUUUCUGAGUAUCAUGAAUGUGAAAAGACCUUCUAGGGUCAUAAAAGACUUUCUGAACAUCAGAAGAUUACUACCAGAAAGAAGACUAAUGAAUAUAAGCAGUGUGGGAAAGCCUUUUAUCAGAAGUCAGGACUAAGUGACCAUCAGGGAAUUCAUACUGGAGAGAAGCUUUAUAUAUGUACUAAAUGUGGGAAAUCCUUCAGCUGCAAGUCAGCCCUUUCUUCCCAAUACCAAAUUCAUAUUAGCGACAGACUUUAUGACAGUAAUAUUUGUGAGAAAGUCUUUCAUCAGUGGUCAGGACUUACUGAACAUCAGAGAAGUCAUACAGGAGAAAAACCUUAUGAGGGUCAAGAAUGUGGGAAGACUUUCUGACAAAAUGUACACCUUAACGGCCAUCUGAAAAUUCAUACUCAAGAGAAGCCUAUGACUUUACUAAAUGUGGGAAAUCCUUCAGCUGCAAGUCAGCCCUUUCUUCCCAAUACCAAAUUCAUAUUAGCAACAGACUUUAUGACUGUAAUGUUUGUGGGAAAGUCUUUCAUCAGUGGUCAGGACUUACUGAACAUCAGAGAAGUCAUACAGGAGAAAAACCUUAUGAGGGUCAAUAAUGUGGGAAGACUUUCUGACAAAAUGUACACCUUAACGGCCAUCUGAAAAUUCAUACUCAAGAGAAGCCUAUGACUUUACUAAAUGUGGGAAAUCCUUCAGCUGCAAGUCAGCCCUUUCUUCCCAAUACCAAAUUCAUAUUAGCGACAGACUUUAUGACUGUAAUGUUUGUGGGAAAGUCUUUCAUCAGAGGUCAGGACUUACUGAACAUCAGAGAAGUCAUACAGGAGAAAAACCUUAUGAGGGUCAAGAAUGUGGGAAGACUUUCUGACAAAAUGUACACCUUAACAGCCAUCUGAAAAUUCCUACUCAAGAGAAGCCUAUGACUUUACUAAAUGUGGGAAAUCCUUCAGCUGCAAGUCAGCCCUUACUUCUGUAAACGUCAAAACUGUAAGGAUAAUUUUAGUCUUUUGACUUAAAAUCUCAAUAAGUGGUCACCAUGGGAAAUUCCCAAAUAUGAAAAUACCCAAGUCAGCUGGGGAUUUAUAGAGAUUUUAAUUAAUAUAAAUGAAGGAAUUAAGGGAAGGAGGGAGAGAGAGAGAGAGAGAGAGAGAGAGAGAGAGAGAGAGAGAGAGAGAGAGAGAGAGAGAGAGAGAGAGAGAGAGAGAGAGAGAGAGAGAGAGAGAAAAUUUAAACUUCUCUGGCUCAGGUUGAGCCACGCAGUAGUUAAAGGCCUUGGCCAAAGUGGCCUCCCUGAGCCUAAGGGAAAGAGGAACCACGAGACCAUCUCCAAGCUCCACUGAAUUCCAAACUCAAUUGCCUCCUGACUUUUUACCCCUUCCUUUUAAAUAAAUUUUCUCUUAUGUCAUUUCCCCUAAAUUUUCAUGUCUACCAAUCACAGUAGACACUUUUUUCCAGGACUGCCCAUUCUUAGUUCUCAUCUUCUUUGGUUCUCACCUUCUCUGGUUAGAUUAUAUCUUCUGAGUACUUCACACCUCUUUGUUAAGCUUGCCUUUUGUAAGUUACUUGACCUUUUGUGAUUAAUUUAACCUUUACAGGUACUUAAGACCUUUUUGUAUUAGAUCUAAAAAUAGACCUAUCUUAAGGUUCUAGCUUCACCAUAAGGUAUGAGUUAAGUACCUUCAUUGUUCAAUCAGGAGUUUACAACUUUAUCUUCCCCUAAGGUAUGUCUAAUUAGGGUGGAGUAAUUUUAAAAGUUCCCAAUACAUUCCUGAUUCUUGUUAGACCAAAUAUCUCCAUUGUUACAAUAAGGGAAUAGCUAAACCAAAUCUUCUAAGGUACAGUCUGAGUAGUUUUUAAGAUUCACACUUCCCAUUACAGACUUCAUAUUGGUGCUAGGCCUUGUGAAUGUAAGGAAUGUGGGAAGGCCUUUCAUCUGAGGUUAGGACUUGCUGAACAUCAGAAAUUCACACUGGAGAGAAGCCUUAGGAAUGUAAAGAAUGUGGGAAGGCCUCCUUAAGCUCCCAUCAGAAAAUACACAUUAGAGAUAAUGCUUUUGAAUGUACUUUUAAGUGGAAAGUCCUUCGACCUGCAAGUCCACCCUGACUUCCCAUUCCAAAACUCACUCCGGCGACAGACCUCCAUGUAACAAAUGUGAGAAGGCUUUCCGCCACAGAGCAGACCUUAUUCAACAUCAGAGGAUUCAUACUGGAGAGCAGCCUUAUGAAUGUAAGUAAUGGGGGAAAGCCAUCCAUUAGAUCACCCAACUUACUCAACAUGAAAGGAUUCAUACUGGAAAAAACCUUUUGAACGUACUAAAUGUGGCAAAUUUUUUAACUGUAACUCAUACCUCAUUUCCCGUUAUAGAAUUCAUAUUGAUGACAGACCUUAUGAAUGCAAAGUAUGUGUUGUAAGAUUAAAAUUAAUAUCCAAUAACUCCAAGUAUUAUAUUUUAUAAGGUAUAUUAAUAAUCACUUGAAAUAGAUGAAAAGUAUAGCCUGAAUAAAGAGCAGUUUCCUGGACAGUGAAAGCUGGAGAAGAGAGAGAGGGGACAGGCUCAAAGAAACCAAAAGAUGAGGAUGAAAGUGGGGUUCUGGGAAAUGGAAUCCUGGGGUACAAAAUUCUAAUUACACAGUGAGAAAGCCUUUUGCCGGAGCAUACAACAUAUAGGACAUCAGAGAAUUCACCCUGGAGAGAAGCCUUAUGAAUGUAGUAAAUAUGGGAAGGCUUUUUAGCAGAGGGCAAAACUUAGCAGACAUCAGAAAAUUCAUACACAAGAGAAUCCUUAUGGGAUGUAACCAGUGUAUCAUCGCCUUCUGCCAGAAGGCAGGACUCAUUUGACUUCUAAGAAUUCAUACUAGACAUUAUGGACAUACCUUGUGGAUAUAAAGUUUGUGGAAGGCCUUUCUUGAGAGGAAGUGAUUUAUUCAACAUCAAAGGGUUCACACUGGAAAGAAACCUUGUAAAUAUAGUCUUAUGAUGUAGUGUGUAUCAAGAGUUGAAUGGAACCAUACUCUUCAUUGAAAAAUUUGGAAUUCCAACAAAAACUGAAAAGAUAAAGAAAACCCCAAGUCAAUAUAAACUAUAGACCUCCAUUCUCUAGUAUUUCUGAUAAAGUAAACUAUAUAGUCAUACUGUAAACAUUAUAAUAACCAUGAAGUUAUUGCUACCUGACUCCUGUGGAGCUUCUUUGAAAGUUGAGGCCAAAGUGUCUUCGUCUUUAAGCUUUACUUAGACAUUAAAAUGCAUUUUCAAGGACAUUCUGGCAUCAUUUGGUUAUAUUUCUAAUCUAGCUCUAAAAAUUGUCAAAGAGUAGCAUCCAUAAAAGAGAUCUCGGGCUCUGAGCUUUUGUAUACAAGUAAGGUUAGUAGGCAACUGAGACAUUUUUUUAGGAGCAAUUUUCUCUGGUAAAGGUCUGUUAUCCCAGAAAUAAGGAUAAUCAGUACAAAUUGUUUAAGUACAAAGAACUAUUCUCUAGUAGAUAAAUGGUCAAAGGAUAUGAAUAGGCAGUUCUCCAUCGAAGAAAGUCAAGCUGUCUCUAACAAAGAAAAGUGCUGCUUACCACUGCUGAUGAGAGAAAAGGGAAGGAAAACAUCUCAGAGGCUUUGCCUCAUACUCAUCAGAUUGCAGAGAUGACAAAAAAUGGAAAAUGGCCAUUGUUAAUGGGGUUGGCAAAGGACAGGCAUAUUAAUGUACUAUUGGUGGGGCUCAGUUGGUCCAACUAUUCUGGAAGGCAGUUCAAUCACCCAAAGUCACUAGACUUGCAUAGCCUUUGACCUACCAAUAAGGGGUAUAUAUUUCCCCAAAGAGUUAGUCAAUAAACAUUAAGCACCAACCGUGUACCCGGCACUGUGUUAAGCACUAAGAGAUCAGAAAGAGGGAGUAGAACCAUACAUUGGACUCGUUUCUGUAUCCAGUAUCCCAGCCAAGAAAACCACAAAAUGGGGCUUUGAAGAGUCAGACACAACCCAACUGAAACAACUCAACAACAACAAAAGAGGUCUGUAGAGUCAUUGGAAUGUGACCUCAGAAGGGAAGGUGUCCAUAAGUACAGAGUGAUUUGGGGGCACUAGAAAUGGGACAAAGCAGAAUGGGCUCCUGUAGAGGGUGAAAGUGGACUUUGAAUGGAACCAAGAGCCACAUUUAUCAAAUCGAUAAAUUAUUUUUCAAUUUCAUCAUUAUGAACCUCAUGUAAAUGAAAAUGUAUAUUCUCUACAUCUUCCACAUCCUCCUUUACCCAAAUAACACAUCCUCCACCGUUCUAGCUAAGAAUUCAAGCAGCCUUUCUCUAUCACUGCCUUCAUCUAGCUCUAGAGUCAGCUGAGCUCUUCAGUCUGUGGCUCAGUCCACACUAGAGUGGCUCACUCCAACUCUGGACAAUUUCCAGCUGUGUCUUGCCCUUAUUUCUCAUUCCUUUGGCCUUAGUAACAAACACAUCACCACUGCCUGGCAUUCUCCCCUCCCUGUUAGUCCUUAAGGCAACUCAGCUGGAAGGAAAGACAUGCCUCCCCACCCAAAAAACCCAAGUACAUAAGACUUGCCCAAGACAGUCUAUAAAAUGAAGUGCAAACUCAACUGGUGCAUGCCAGAAAUGGCUAAGGGAUUCUGGGAAGAAGCUCCUAGAAUAAAGAGAAGAGUUUCCCUGGGGAAGUCCAAUUUGGGAUGAACGUAAAAGGAUGGGUAACAUUUUGACUGGUAGAAAAGAGGAAAGAGUGAAAAGUAGUGGCAGUGGGUUCAAUUCAAUUAAACUCAGCCAGAAUGGAUCUUAAAUAAAUAUGGUUGAUAGAAAGAGACUGUUACUGCUGGGAGAGUGGCCUCUAGCACCCUCCCUGGUGAAUUCUCUUUUACCUGAAGGAUGGGGUUCCACCUUCUGCUUUUUUAUGUCUAUUUAUAAAAAAGGGGGGAGAGCAGAGACACAGAGAGAGACAGAGAAGUGAGGCAAGGUCCCAUGAACCCUCUGAGCACCUUUUUUUGGCAUUCCAUUCAAUUCUGAUGGGAAUUUUUCUAAAUUUAUAACACAGGAUAUCAAGGAAGAUUGCAGAGUACAUGGAGGGAAGAAAGUGAAUUCCUUCAAGAUCUCCAGAUAAAAGCAGCAGAAACUCCAAAAAGAAA